AUGAAAUGCAAGAAACGUACAACGGUGGUACAUUUCGCGCGAAUCUGCAGGACGCUGCGGCUGUGUUAUAACUUCAAAAUGGCUGCAGAAGGUAAUUCAACUUUGUCAGUCGUUUAAAUACUCUUUCUGAGGCUUAUGGUCUUUUUGCUUCAUAUUGUAUCCAGGAAUACAGCGAUGAACCCGUCCUCGACACGGUCGCGAAGUACGAUAUGAUCGUCGAAUUAGCGAACUGUUUCAUGAAGGGGUACGCCUGAAAUGUGCUUUACUUUUAUUUCCCUGUUUUAGUCGGGUAUUAAGAAACACAAAUCUUUGAUUUCUAACCUCCAGUUACCAUGAAUUUGGGAUUAAGCUUCCUGUUGCAGCGCGAACGACUGUCGAAAGAAAAGUUGGUGGACGUGAUGAGUUUGCACUUUUGGGCAGAGUGCCACAUGACUUGAGCGAGGAAAUGCUUAACAAAACCAUGCACAGCAGGUCUUUGAAAAAGAGCUAUCAAGUCCGGGAUGUCAUUGGCAAACCAAUCGGAAGAGUCCAGUACUUUCUGAACAGGACAUUGGUCGAGGAAAUGACAAGGGGAAAUAUUUCUGAAAUUGAAGGGUCAGUUUAUUUCAUUUUGUUGACCAUUGUUUUAUUUUUUUUUUUUUCAACUAUAAUACAGAUGUACAUGUAGAUUUGGUAUGGACAGUUAGAAAACUUAUUGAGCUGGGUGGGCGAUGUACAUAACAAUUGUGCAAGGGAAAAAUAAAUAAAAAUAUUCAUACACUGGCCUAGAAAAAUUCAUACAUGGGAAAAUUAAACAAAAAAAUGCAUUGAAAAUUCUCCACCCACCAUCUCCUAUAACUUUUCUAGUGGUCUGUCCCUUGACUGAAGAAAAAAAGGUGACUACCCCGUUCAGGCUUAAGUUUUUAGGGCAAGCCUCACCAUUGAUCAAGUAGUAAGCAACGAGCAUCCUACCCUGGGCCUAUAAAAGGUGUUAAAUUUUGUGUUAUUAUGAUAUUUAUUUUACUUUGCACGACAAUGGCUAUGAAUUGAUUCUUCUUCUUUAUAUUUUGACUAUAACAUUAAUAGCAGGAGAUGCAAGGACAUCAAGGAGGCCUCCAACGACACAAAAAUGGAAACGCAAUGA